AUGCUGAUUGCGCUUCGCGACGCGCUGGAGAUGCUGGAGUGGCACCUGGACCAGCUGCUACAGUGCGAGGAGACGCUUCAGGAGAAACUUCAGGUGAAACAACAAAAGACACAGCAGCAAAUCAACCAUCUGCGCGCGCCGCAGCGGCAGGGGCGCAGAGCGAGCGCGGGGAAAUCCGGGAUGCGGGGAGUCCACGCAGCCGCCCUCGCGGCCGCUGCGGCUGCCAGAGCGGCCGCGGCGGCAGGAGCCGCGGCGGGUUCCGCGGAGGGGGAGCGCGAGGCGGAGGCGGAGGCGGCGGCGCAGUGGGCGCAGAUGGUGACGGAGUUAAAGAUGGCGGCGCGCAUAGUGGCGUCGCAGGGGCGGUGCCACCAGGGGCGCGAGGCGGAGGUGGUUGCGCGCAUUCAGCAGUUGGCGGAAGACGUCGACUUGGAGCCCUUCCCCUUCCCUUCCGCCCUUUCCCCCCUCCCUUCCGCCCUUGCCCCCUUCCCUUCCGCCCCGCAGCAUAAGUUAUUUUCUUCCUCCGCCUUCUCCCCUCUAUCCGCCGCCCCCAUCCCGGCCUUGCUCCCUGCCCACGCGCCCUCCCCUUCCUCCUCCCCCUCCUCCCUCCUUCCCCAACCCCUCACUCCCGCGCAAGGCCCCGCCGCUGCGCCGUACUCCUCCGCGCAUCCCUUCUCCCCCUCCCCCUCCCCUUUCUCCGCUUCCGCGCUUUCCCCUUCCCCCUCCCCCUUCUCCGCUUCCGCGCUUUCCCCUUCCCCCUCAAAGGAAGCUUCCAUGCAACUUCCGACUUAUUACCAACACCCCGAAGUCGCAGUGAUGGGGGGAGGGGCGGUGGCGGAGGGGGAAGACUCGGACGGGGACAGCCCCACGAGCGGGCAGGUCGGGCAGAAUGACUGGGCGGUGGGCAGGCCGCCGGUCAGGAGAAAAAUAUUCGGGCAAGAAUCUAACGACUCUGCUGCUGCGAGUUCGCCUGGUGCUGCUGGCACAGCGUUAGAGAGCAGCGGUUCUGGUGCUGCUGCUAAGGCGGAUGACUUUACUGCUGCUUCCGCAAAUGACGUCCCUGCUGCACCUGCUCCCAUCGACCCCCCCUGUGCUGCCACUGCUGACGCCUCUCUUCCUGCCGGUGCUGACGCCUCUCUUGCUGCCGCCGCUGCCACUGUCGCGGCUGACUCCUCUGCUGCCCACGCGUCUCCUGAUUCCAUCGCUGCAGCCGCAGCACCACUGGUCGAGCCUGCACAUACCUCUCCAAGCCAGCUCCCCUCAGUUCAACCGCCCUCAGAUGAGCCCUCCACGGGUCUCACCUCUUUGGCUCACCCCUCGUCAGCCGAUUCCCUUCCCCAGUCCCCACCUGACUCUCUUCCCUCCCCUCCCGUCCCCCCGCUAGAAGCCUCUCCGAUACACUCACGCCAACCUCUACCAGACCAAGCUGUGCCGAACCUGGCUGCCGAACCUGACUCGCAGCCUGACCAGCAGGCCGGACAGCAGGCCCGGAACCAGCCGAACCAGAGCUGGGCGCUCCAGCCGAUCAACCAGGUUCGGGCGUUGACUCGUGUGGCGACUGGCGGUGCUAAAGCCAUAGAGGUGGUGGUGGGGAGGGUGGCCCGCCUCUCCUCCUUCCUCCUCCACCCCAUGACUCUCAGCCUGGGCGGUCUUGUCGGUGUCUCCCUUGGGAUUGCCGCUGCUACGUCAGCAAGGAGGGAGAAGGGGGGUGGGCAUUGGGGGGUGGUGAGGCGAGGGGUGUUGGGAGCACUGCCGAGGCCGGGUGCUGAGACUGCUGUUGCCUGGAGGGAGGAGGAGAGGGAGCGGGAGCGGGAAAGGGAGAGGGAGAGUGAGAGAGCGAGGGAGGAGGAGAAAGAGAAGGAAAUUGGGGCGUGGGGAUUGAGCGAGAGGCUGUGGGCAGCGGAGGGGGAUUGGGGGGAGGGAGACGGGUCGUUUGGAUUGAGGGGAUUGGAUGAGGAGGAUGGUUAUGGGAGCGUUGGGGAGGUGGAGGCGGAGGAAGAAGAAGAAGACUCAGACGAGGAAGAGGAAGGGAGGGAAGAGGAGGGUGGUGUGUGGGGCAUCAGUGGUGGUUCAGGGGAGGGUGUAGGGAAGAGCGAGGGGGAAGGGGUGCAGGAGCGGGGCGGGGGUCUCCUUGCGUUCUUGCAGGGGGAAAUGAGGCGACUCAAGGGGCAACCAGACGGGGCAGGUGGGGUGAGCAGAGGAGGAAGCGAGGAGAAGGCAGGGAGGAAUGGGGCAGCGUGGGGGGCAGGGCAGGCGGGGGCAUAUGCUGCUGCAGUGCUGGAGCGGCUGAGGGAGGAGGUGCGCGUGAGAGAAGAGGAACUGGCGAGAGUGAAUGCGAGAGGAGAGGAGCUUGAGCGAGUGAGGAUGCGAGAGCUGCAGCUGCUGCAGGGGCAGUGGGAAGAGGUAGGGGUGGUGGAUGCUGGGGAGGGAGGGGAGGCAGGAGGGGAGGAGAGAGGGGAGGAGAUAGGGGAGGAGGGAGGGGAGGGGAAAAGGGAGGAGAGAGAGGACACGGGGGAAGAGAGAGAAGAGGGGAAGGGGGAGAGGGCAGGAGGGGGGUUUGGAGUGCAUGUGGAUGAUCCGCUGCUGGCUGCUGUUCUCAGAGACCUCUCCGUGCGCCCGGUUGACUCUGCCCAUGCUCAUGUUGCUGCUGCUGCUGCUGCUGCUGCUGCUGGUGAUGAUGAUGUGGGGAUCACUCCGCUGCCGCGGUUGAACAUCAGCAAGCCCAAGGGAGAGUGGGAUGACCAGAAAGAGCAGCAGCGGCGGAAGAAGCCUCAAGGUGGCUUUGAGCGAGAGUGGGAUGGAGUGAGCAGCCUUAGCAAGCCAGGCUCAAAUGCAUGUGUUUCUGCUGCCGGUGACGCCGGUGUUGCUGGUGGUGGGGGUGACUUUCGGGAUUGUGGAAGCUUCUUGGAAGCAGCACAGGGCUGGCUAGAGAAGGUCCAGGAGGGGAGGUGCCAGAUUGACAGCCAGAUGUUAAAAGCGGGCGGCACACUGCACAAGGCAGGUACGGCAUUACUUGAUGCGCCUCGGAACACCAUCCAUGCCGCAGGCCAGGCGCUGCCGAACGUGAUUCCGAGCCUGCUGCCUUGCGUUGCUCGCAAGUACGAGAGGCUGAAGAGGCGCGGAUGGGUGGGGGUGCUGCGAGGAGGGGGAGCCGGCAACGAGGGCAGGAAUGGGGAGCGGAGCGGGCGCAAGGAUGAAAGGGAUGAUGGUCCACAGAAGGCACGACAUGGGGUAAAUGAGACUCCUGGCUUGGUGAUGGUCCCAGGUGUUCCAGUUGGGGGGUCAGGGCAUGGAGGGGAUGGGUUCUGGACAGAUCUGGCGGAGAAGGCGCGGCAGUUGAGCAUUGGACGGAAGAGGGGGAGGGAGUGA